AAUGAAAUGGCAGCAGGCUCCCUGACUGGGGCAAAAAGCUCGAGGGUUUGUGCCCACAGCAAAGAAAGCCUGAAAGGUGAGGGGCACUGCUCACCAACUGACAUGGAUGGGACCUCACCAAAAAGUCCUCCCUGUGAAGAGAAGUUUAAAAAUACAUGUGUAGAAGAGAAGCUGGGAGAAGAAAUAGCCCCUAGAAAAAAGUUGCUGAGAAGUCAUCCAUGGGCCUCGUUAGAAGACUCUAAAGAGUCCGGUGGCAAAAUAGUCCCCCUCGGUGCUGAGAACCACGGCAAGGUUUUGGAAGAGAUCCCAAGAUCCAACCUAAACUAUGUUUCAAACGAAAGAAGCGGCGAUGGAGAGCUCCCAAACGUAGCGGGUACCCGCGUGCUUUCAGCAGCUCUGCAGGACUGCCAGGCUGUGUCUGAGGCAGGGGCUUCCCCAGGACUGCAGGGUGAUCCACCAGCCACGCUCCCCCCUCCUCUGAGCUCCCCGUCAGCCAGGGGCACAGGGCCAUGCCCAGGCUGGGGGGUUUGCAGGGCAGCACGGGUGCCUUACAGAUCAGCUGCACGGAGCACGGAGCAGCAGACAGGAGGGAACGGAGCGCCAGGACACAGCAGCAGCUCGUGCGCUUUGCCAGGAGAACGAGGCUUCAGGUUCAAAGAGACUCCACCAAAUAGAGGAGCAUCAAGUAACUAAACAAAAGAAGUAUGAAAAGAUAGAAGUGCAUCCAGUCAGACCAGGCCCACCAAGAGAAAGCAAAAAUCACACCCAGCAUGUUGCACAGUUCUGAACUCUUAGGCAGCUCUUCAAAUGAGUUGGUGACAUCUCGAAAUAAGAAGUUUGAAGGUCCUUUAGAGGAGACUUUUGCUGUCAGAAGCAGUGAAAGUAAACUAUGUAGCACUUUACAAGAAGUUAAAAGGCCAAAGAUUACCACAGAUAUUAUUAGUUCACAGUUUUUGAAGACUCAGGAUUCAGAAAUGGAAAACCUGAACCUUAAUUUAGGGUAUGAUGGAAUCCCUGGUGCCUUUGGAACUACAAAUAAACUAGGAGGAACUACAAAGAAACUAGGAGGGCCUCUUCCACUAAGAAUACAACCUGGAAGGACGUGCAAAAAGGUUCCCAUAUUGCAUCAGCUAAAAACCAUUAGAAAACUCAGAACAACCAGAAGUCCACCUAUCUUCGAGUUACCCCUGCAAAUAUUCCCCAAGCAGGAAAACACACCUCUGGAAUCUUUGUACUUUCCAUGUAAAUCAUCGGCAAAGGAAAGGGAAACAGCCUUGAGAUUUGCUCCUGUGCCAGGAGGGCAGAGGGCCAGGAGGGGCAGGUUGUUGAACAGCUUGAAAUUUCGGAAAUGUACCAAAGAGCCAGCGUUGCUGAGCAAGUUGUCUGCCAUGGCCAGCAAGCUCCUGGCCCCUGCCAAGGGCGUCUGUGACUUCCAACCUCGGCCAUACUCCUCUGAAAUGCUUCCUGUGGGUGACAGGUACAGCCACCAGAGAUCGAAAAAUCUCUUGGAAGCCUUUUCUUGCAUUAACAGGAACGUUCACUCACGCUGGGCUGGCAGUUGGUGCACCAAGAUGUUCAGCUUUCAGCCAUUGGCACUUUAUCCCGUAGAAACUACCAAAAUACUUUUUUCAGACUUAAGCCACAAGCCUCCAACCUCUUUGUCGGACACCCCAGUUUUCCCGAUUUCUUUCCACAUCAAAUUGGACUCCAGUCCCGUGACAGACCUCCCAGGGAUUACAUCCCAGCACUCUGGACAUCACGGGCCCGCUUCUGGAGAAACACCAGCGCCAGCUUCCAAGUGGACUUGGUCUUUUCUCCUGUCCCAAAGCUGUUCAGAUACGACAGCCUUCAAGGAAGAUUCUGCUCUAAAUACUGAGCUUGGUUCUGCUCACUCUGUAACGACCCCAAGGACUGUGGCUCCUCAUCCUGACCCUGGAAGAAACGCUGUAGCUGAGAGAAGAGGAGGUUGUUCCAGGCUUGGCCUUCACACAGUGUUAGCACUUUCUUCCCCUGGAUGUUACAGGAUUUGGACAAGAAGAAGAAACUUAAGCAGUCCCAUUCCUACCAUCCAGAGACUAUUUAUAUCCCAGCUGGCACAGGGUUUGAAAGGGGCAAGGUAUCCAAGCUGUGUGCCCGCUGACCUCGCCUCCUCAUUGCCAUACUCCCUGGGCAGGGUCCUCUCCAUAUGGAGCCAGCACGGUCCUUCUGCCCGUCCUUCCGAAAUCCCUCCUCUCCAUCCCAAUCACUGCAAGUGGCAGCCAAGUGUGGGCAUCGAGAACAGGUAAAACCCAUCAACUUCUUUCUGAGGUUAAAUCUGUGCAGGCUAUGCCAUGUUCCCACACUUCCCUGCCCAGAGCAUGGCAGCACUGCAGACUGCAGGUGCCACACGCCUGGAAGCUUCACUCCCACUCCCGUUCCCAAAGCCUCCCACACCUGCAGAGUCGCCGCCAGCCCCCCCAGGCUUUCAGCGGCCGAGCUGCAGGUCCGUGCCCUGGAUGAAGCCGAUGCUCCCGUUCCAGCCUGCCUGAGAUCCCAGGAUGACACAGAAAUGAAAAAAACUGAGCCAGAAAAGAGGCCAAAGAAAGUCUCAGAGAUCCGAAUCAGGAAAACUGUCCCCAAGCCGGACACUAACCUUACUCCCAUGGGACUGCCCAAACCAAAAAGGCUUAAGAAGAAAGAAUUUAGUUUAGAAGAAAUUUACACCAACAAGAACUACAAGUCCCCUCCUCCAGCCAGGAGCUUGGAAACAAUCUUUGAAGAGCCCAAGGAGAAGAAUGGCCACCUGAUUUCUGUCAGCCAGCAGAAGAGAAAGCGCAUUCUCGAGUUCCAGGACUUUACCCUUCCCCGGAAAAGGAAGACACGAGGCAAAGUCAAAGCAGUGGGUUCUUUCACCCGAGCCAAGAGGGCUGCCCUGCAGAGCGCAGAGCUGGAUGUGCUGCUGAGUGAGAAGCUGAUGGCCCUUGAAGCCUUUUUUGCAGAGGAGGUGGAGCAGGAGCAGGAGCAGCAGCAGGAGCAGGAGCAGGAGCAGGAGCAGGAGCAGAAGAAGGAGCAGGAGCAGGAGCAGGGGCAGGAGCAGGAGCAGGAGCAGGGGCAGGAGCAGGAGCAGGAGCAGCAGCAGCAGCAGGAGCAGGAGCAGGCCUCCAGCAGCUGAGGGAGCCACCGAGCUGGGAGUGGGCCAGUCAGCCUCGGGAGUAUUUUCCUCUGGGGAGAAAUCUACUGACCUCUUCAUGCAUUGCUCUCUUCUAACAUCUGAUAAUCAGUUCUUGGCUGUGACCCUCUUUAAGGUGCUAUUUUUUGUUUUUUAUUUUUUUUUAAAUGCUAUUGGAGGGAUUCUUUGACGUCCCUGUUGGAGUGUAACACAGCCACAUAAAAUUUACCCUUCCUUCCUCUGGAAAAUACUGCUUAUAUUUAAUUAAUUAUGUUAGAACACCUUUUGGGGGUAGAGUAGGAGUGUAAAGGAGGAAGUAGUGCACUUUCAGUGAUGCUAGAACUCUGUACUCCAGAUCAUUUGCACAUUUGAGUCUGCUGGUGUUACUGUAAGGAAUGGCUAUUUUGAACAACCUGACAGAAGUGAUACGGUGUUUGAUAAAGGUGAAUUCUUGAUAUACCACUAAUUUUUUAAUAAUUAAAGUAGCUGUCUGGGUUUGCAUUCAAUUGUUUCUUCCUUCUGUUAACUUAAAAGGUUCCUUCUGAGUUUCUGUGCCCUUCCUGGCUUCAGGCAGCAGAAGCCCCACAUAACUAGACUUUAUAUACCUUGCACUUUGUAUAUGUUUCUUUAUUUGGUGCAUGAGGACACCUUUUAACAUUAUUAAACUCAAAAAAGGGUAAUGUUUUAAGGAAAAAUGGUGCCCAGUAUUACUUUUUCCCAAAUAGUAGAUUUUUUUACUUACUUGGCUGAUGCCAACCUCUUCUCCAGAGGAAAAGCCCACGAGGAUGUUAAACUGCAGGGUACAUAAGCAGAGAUUUCUGUUUAACUGACCUGCUGCAUGGAGAGAAUACCAGCAGAAUCUUUGAGCCUUGCUUUUAAAUUAUUUUAAACCUAUAAAAAAUAUUAACUGGAUCUGAAUGUCAGCAAGAAAUGGUGUUUUCCAUCUCGAGGGGUUUUUUACCACUGUAGAUUUACAGUUCCUGUAGCUCUUCACUGAGUACUCUCUGUGCACACUGUUGGCCGUAACAGUGGUUGUACCAAGAGCCUCCUGGCACGUGGACAUUUCUGAUGUGAGGCCAAUUGUCAUCACCUGGUGCAGCUCUGGGCAAUUUCUCAGCUCUACCUUGGGAAGGAAGAGAGCUCCCUUCUGGCAUAACUUGUGUUUCCCUUGCUUGCAGCAUCAUUCCAGGUGAAUGCCAGCUGCAGUUCAGGUCAUUUCUGUCCCUUAGUGCCUAGAGGAGUUGUUCAGGCAAAGCUGUCAUUCCUGGGAUGCUCAAAUUGAAUUAGUCUCUUCUUUCUUUCACUUGAACUUGCACUUUCUUAUUUACCUGCCCAUGUAAUAGAGUUUCUAUUGACCUUCAAAUUGAGCAAAUAUCUAGUGGGUGGGUAUUUUUUAUGAAGUCCCAGUAAAUGCAGGACUGAAGAUAAUAAUGGUAUCUUCUGUUGCUCUACCACUUCUGUUACUGACCAAACAGAAAACUAAAAAUGAUCAAGCAAUCUGUUGAAUUUCAGAGCUUUCAAAGUAGAGAAAUGGAAGAGGAUUAUUACACUGUGUGUGCCUGAGUCUUGAAAGAAAUCUAAUCUGGGUUGGUUUUGCUCCCAGCUUACGUGCUGGGAUUCCCAAAGGUUUACAUUCUUGGUUUUAAGGGUAAUUAUAAUCUUUAAUCAGGAAGACUGAAGAAAAGAGAGGAGUGCACACGUAGAGGAGUAGGGUUUGGAGUUUGAGGGUGAAGUAACAAGGCAGGCAAACUUUGAACAUAUUGACGUACUAUUUUUCUGGUUAAGCUGUUAGGCUGCUGUAGAACAUUCUAACUGAUCCUCUUUAUUUUUGUAAAAAGAAAUCCCUAAAAAACAAAGGUUGACUGCCUCCUAAAAAAAAAAAAAUGUUUGAAACUUUCCCUAUCCUGGUUUAUUAGCCCAAUUAUGGACUGGUUGGAAGUGGGAGCAAGAGUGAGAGAUAUAUUUUUAUGGAUUUAUGCUAUAGAAUGGGGUUGUUGGAGAACAUUCAUUCACCUUCUAUUAAUAUGGGAGGCUUCCAGUGCUGUGACAUAACUGAGCUGUAACCUUAGUGAGGGCUUUAAGGAAAUAAAGAUAUGGGUGGGGAGGGAAGAAACUUGGGUCCAGGAAAAGUUCAGACCUCUAAUGUACUUCAAAACACGGAAUGUGUUGGGAUUGGUUGGUUUGUUUGGGGUGGGGGUUUUUUAUCUGCCUCUCUGUUCUGUCUUGUCUCUGAUUGCUUUGAAAGAACAUUUCUUAGCUUGCUUUCUACAAGCUACAGCAGAGAGAGCAAAGAGAACACUCAAUUCUCUCUGGUUUACAGUAAUGGAAGGAGUUACAAAAUGUUGCAGUUGCUUUAGCCUGUCCCAGACCUGAGUUUGUGGCAACCCAAAUAUCCAGCAUUAUUCUCUUUUGGUUCAGUGUCUGUAUGAUGAUGUGAGCUAAUGGAGACCAAGCAGCAAACAGGUGUCAGUUGUGCUUGUGCACUUUUUUCUCUUCUCCUUUCCCCCCUCUGUUCCUGUUUCCAGCACUCCUGGAACAGCUGCUCCCUGGAGCUGCUGCUGGCACACUGGGACUGGGAACUGGGCAAAAGCUGGGCAUCAGCCACUCUGAGCUGCUCCUGUCACAGAGAACUGAAAGAAAAAAGGAGAGAGGUGCAUCUUUCGGGGUCUUGCCUCCAUCCCUAGCUGGAGGAUAUGGGCAUUUGCCUUUUCAUCAGGUGAAUCCACUCCAAUGAGGACUUUUUUGUAUCACCGUGGAAAGACCUUGUACAUCUUUGCUCUCAGAGUGAUGACCAGAGCAGCUUGAGAAGAUGCAAAGCUUUUGCCACGUCCUGUCUCUCAGUAGUAAGUUAUGCAGAGCCAGGCAGCUCUUUGCUACAUUUGCUGAUUAUGGGAGAUAGAAAGAUCACUUUCCAAGAAAAAAAGAUGUUAUUUUCAUCAUGCUAUGACUGGAGCAGCUGAGGCUCCCUAAUGUGUGGUACAGCAUUAGCCUGCCUGGCCUCUUGGCUGUGUACAUUGGAGUUCUGAUGAUUGCUGGAUGUGAAUUCCUGCAAGCAGUUCUCACUGUAUUGGAUUUCAGGUGGGCCUUUGGGAUAUUAUGUUCCAGGUGCUUUUCUAGCAUAUGGAUGGUAACUGUGGAUUGAAAAUCUGUAUGAUGCUAUCAAGUUAACAAAUAGCUCCAUGAGAAUCUGUACACUUGUGCCAUUAGCCUCCAUCAUGCUCUUGGCAUUUUGUUUCUGUUCAAUAUUGUGUGAAUCUAAAAUUUUACUGUUUCUUUUGUGUGUGUUUUUAAUUUAUGGAAAUAAAUUUUUCUGAGAACCUUUCA